AGUGCUGUCAUAACAACAAAACUACUCCACACCCUGACGGCGGCACCAAGCGCAUGAGUUUGUAGCUGUUUGAUAACGUCUGCACUCGUCCAAAGAAGAGUUUGUGGAGGUUUUCUGCUCGGAAGAAGUCGCCGCUCGUCAGUCAUGCUUACAGCUUUGAAAAAAGUUGUUUUCUCAACCGGACUGCAGAAUCCAAAAUUCACAGAAGAGGAGAAAAAGGGAGAAGACUAUGAGGUCCGAACCUACCACGCCACCAGGUGGAUGAGCACCGCUGUGAGUGGGACGCAGUGGGAUCCAGCAAUCAGGACUGGUUUCCAGAGGCUCUUCAAGUACAUCCAAGGCAAUAAUAAAGACAAGGUCAAAGUGGAGAUGACGGCCCCCGUGACGUGCCGCGUGGAUCCCGGAGCCGGUCCUGCGUGUGAAUCGAAGUUCACUGUUUCCUUCUACAUCCCUGAGGAGCAUCAGGAGAGUCCACCAGAGCCGAGCGACCCGGACGUGUUUGUGGAGCACAGGAAAGAGUUAACAGUAUACGUCAGGACAUAUGGUGGUUUCUCCAAUGAGAAAAUGAAGCAGGAAGAGCUCCUGAAACUGGUGGAAAGCCUGAAGAGGGAUGGUGUCCAGUAUGUGGAGGCUCCGUACUACACAGCCGGGUAUGACAGCCCCUUCAAACUGACCAAUCGCAGGAACGAAGUCUGGAUCCUCAAGAAGGGAGAGGAGCAGUAGACAAGUCGAAGCCCACGUCCUAAUCUUUCCAACUGAUCUAAAGUUACUUAUAUUUUGGAGCCAAGAUUUAAACGCGAUCAUUGUGUACAAAAAAAAAUCAGUUUUGCUACUUUGACUUAAAGUUACUGAAUGACUCUCACUGUGAAUGUUGAUGACAAGACUAAACUGAUCAGCUCUGACAGGCCAUCGUUGCGGUUUUUGGCUUUUCUCUUUCCUUUAGUUUGUUUUGUGAUUGUGAAAUGUCUGCAGACUUAUAAAGCCCAACCCCAAAGGCAGUUAUUCUCUCCCACAGAAAAUACUGCUCUUUAUCUGCUCACAACAGCUCGUUUAUUGGACUUAUCUCUUGUCAUCAUGUGACACGUAACGCCAGCAUGGUGACUACUUUGGCACGCUGUCCAACAAAGACACUGCCCUUUACUCACAGAUGUGGGGUUAUGGUACGAGUGCCAAAGCUAGAUUUGCUAUGUUGUGUUGGGCCAAAGACCAAUCAGAGCAGACUGGGCUUUUCAAGAACAGGACCUUGAAGGAUCGGCAGCUAAAACGGAGCAUUUAGAAAGUGAGAAGAGCAUGUGUAGAUGUUCUAGUAGACCCCCAAAUUACAUUUCUGAACCUGCACAUGUGCACGAUAUGGGCUCUUUAACGGAUAAACAUGAGGGGAAACGUAGCCACAGUGGGGUGAUGUUUCCAGCAGGUGGAGCUAUUUAGUCAGAAACUGUUCAUCUCAUUUGGUGCAUCGCGUUAAGAGAAGAACCACGAGUGCCUCUUUGAUUGUUUUGAAUUAAUGACUUGUUGACAAUGCACUAAUUUUAAGCUUUUGUUUGCACACAUUGCUAACUACCAUUUGUCCAGGGAUUCUUAAAGCUCAUUUGAAUAAUGUGGUAUUUGUUUACACACAAAUCUUAAUAAGAAUCAAGUCAGUGUUGAUGCUGACUGCUAGUAUGCCUGCAAUGUGCUUUUAUUCUGAAGUUGAACUGAUGCUCAUUAGGACGAAGGAGCAGCAUCUUGGCAGAAUUAGGCGUGCACACAAAACGCACCCCUAAUUUGUCUGACUGGGAGUGUGGAAGCGUCAUAUUUGCAUUUGCUGAACUUUGGGAUUCGUGUUUGCACAGAUCAGGACUGUGGUCUGAGUCAAUGUUUGUCUCCUCACUUCUCGCUUACGUCUGAAUCAAUUAAAAAGAGAUCUUUUCAAAUCCAGUCCGGCCGGAGGCAUCAUUCACUGCUGACUCUUAAUGUACAUACAGACCUGGGAGCAAACGUACAACACAAAAAUGUGAACUUGUCUUUUGACUUUGCAGAGUUUGACAGCAGCUUUUAUCUCUUGUCAGUCAGGGUUGGUGCUGGGAAGGUGACUCGGUACGUCUCACAGACAUCGGGAAAGCUUACCCGAAUUCAGACCUCAGUUACUGCCACCGAAUCGACCUGGACCAGUCCGAUCACGCAAAUCUCAAUUUCAAAAAAUAUCAUCUUUUAUUUUCUUAAUAAGCGUGUAGUUAUGUGGUGGGCGUCAACAUUUUUGGUGUCUGAUUGGAGAGACGGAUAAAAGCUAACCUGCCUUUUUUAAAAAUCCUCCUUUUACAUGUUUAAUCAUAUUACGUGUUUUGGGAUAUAAAACAUAAUACUUGAUAAGGAGAUAAUAGCGUAAGCACUGCACAGAUAUGUGGGAAAUGUGGCUUUAUUUUAAAUGAUGUGAAAGAAUGUAAAAUGUCUUCUCUAAUCAAUAAUAAAUGGAACUCAAAUGAU